CAGGUGCAGCUGAUUGGCACAAUGGGACAAUGAACUCUGUCUCUCUACCUACCAGGAAACUCCUCUCUCUCUCUCUCUCUCCAGCUCUCCAGUGGCGGUGGGGGUCACUUACUUCCCUCAGUGAUUGUGUGUGUGCUCAGGUCAAAGACUACUGCUGUCUGAGAUUAGAUAUAAAACAAUAUAACAUAUAAUCACUGUGUGUUGUUUUUGGGAUGUGGAUCAGGAGCGAGGAGCAGAAGGGAUUCCCCCACACUGUUUGUUCCUGACGCACAAUAAUAAUGAGCUGCUGUGAUUGACGGUCAACAUCAACCACCACCAUGGAGAUCCAGAAGAGGUUUUCUGCGUGCUGGCAGAGUUUUUCUGCUUGUUUUAAGAAACCCAACCAAGGAGGAGUAGCAGAAAGCAACAAGCAAGUAGAGGAGAGAGUUGACACGGUGUUUGCGAACCCGGGUGCUGUUAGAAACACUACCCAGCCGGGCUUUAACAGGAGGUCUCUACCGAGGCUCCCAACGGGCAAAGCGGGCGUUUACUACAUCGCCCAGUAUGACUACUCGGCUAGGACCGAGGAGGACCUCAGCUUUAACGCUGGAGACGCGCUGGAGGCUCUGGAUAAGAGCGCAGGAGAGUGGUGGUUCGCUAAAGCUCUCACCGGGAUCUCGGCCUCCAAACAGGGAUACAUCCCGGCCAACUAUGUGGCACCUGUGGAGAGCAUUGAUGCAGAACCAUGGUAUUUUCCCGACACCAAGAGGCUGGAUGCAGAGAAGAUGCUGUUGGCAGGAGGGAACGAGCAUGGCGCCUUCCUCAUCAGAAACUGUGAAAGUCAGACAGGGGAGCGCUCCCUCUCAGUGUUGGACAGCGGGAAGGUGAAGCACUACAAGCUGAGAAAACUGGAGAAUGGUCACUACUACGUGUCGAGGAACCAAUCCUUUCAAACGCUGGAGGAGCUGGUGGAACAUUACACAAAACAGGCCGAUGGCCUCUGUGUGCGUCUGGGUGAACCGUGCAAAAAGAUGGAGGCUCCACAGACCCACGGCCUGUCCUACAACACCGUGGACCAGUGGGAGAUAGACCGCAACUCCAUCAAGCUGCUGAGGAAGCUGGGCGCCGGUCAGUUUGGAGAAGUGUUCGAGGGCCUGUGGAACGACACCACAGCAGUCGCGGUGAAGACCCUCAAACCUGGUACCAUGGAUGCGGAGGACUUCCUGAGAGAGGCUAGUAUCAUGAAGAGGCUGCGGCACGCCAAGCUGAUCCAGCUGUACGCCGUGUGCACCAUGGAGGAGCCCAUCUACAUCAUCACUGAGCUGAUGUACAACGGCAGCCUGCUGGAGUACCUCAAUAAGGAUAAGGGCACCGCGCUGCGGAUCUCUGACCAGAUAGAGAUGGCUGCCCAGGUGGCGUCGGGCAUGGCUUUCCUGGAGUUACAGAACUACAUCCACAGAGACCUGGCGGCCAGGAACGUCCUGGUGGGCGAGAACAACAUCUGCAAGGUGGCUGACUUUGGCCUCGCCAGGGUCUUCAUGAAAGAGAAUGAAAAUGUGUAUGAAGCCAAAGAAGGAACUAAAUUCCCUGUGAAGUGGACCGCUCCGGAGGCCAUCCACGACAACAAGUUCAGCAUCAAGUCGGACGUUUGGUCCUUUGGAAUUUUGCUGUAUGAGAUCAUGACGUUUGGACAGAUGCCUUACCCAGCCAUGACGAACUACCAGGUGGUCCAGAGGGUUCCCACGGGCUACAGGAUGCAGUGUCCCCCUAACUGCCCCAAAAUCAUGUACGACAUCAUGAUGGACUGCUGGAAGCAGGACGAACAGGACCGGCCCACGUUCGAGACCCUGCAGUGGAAGCUGGAGGACUUCUUCGACCUGGACGUAGCCUCCUACGACGACGCCGGCCGUUAUUAGCACGCUGACCACAGGCCGCAACACGUGGAAAGAAAGAGACAUAAAAAAAUAAACCUUCUUUCUGCAACUGAAGCCGAAUCCAAAUCACCUGAAUCCAAAAACAUGAAUCCAUGUUUUUAUGAAGUAAAACAGAUUGAAAUGUGAUUUUAAAAUUCCACUCAUUGCAGCCAAAUGAAGGAUCUAAAAAUGUUUGAUCUGCAUGUGAUAGAAUACUGUGAGUGUGAGGAAGCUUUUACUACAGCAACACUCCUACGUUGGCUUUGUUUGACAACUGAAUGCACUUUCAGACAGGCUGUGUACGCGUCUAGCCGAACUCUUAAAGCACACAUUGUUGGAAGAGGCCUCUUUAAGCAGACCGAGAGCUGCCGUCUGCCCAUCUCGAUGAACUGGUUCUUCUUGCACUCAGCAUAGCACACAUUUUUUCCUGCCGAGCUAUUACCGGAAGGUACCUGAGAGGAUUUACGAGUCAUGUUCACCUAUAAGCUCAAUCUGUUUUGCUUUGUGUCUUGUGUGACACAGUAAGUGGUAGGAGUCAUCAUUCCUGAUACAUAUUAGCUACCAGAAGAGAUAACAGAAGAAGAGAAGAGACAUUAUUUAAAGGUAGGAGACUGUGUUUGGGCCCCAGCAGCCUGAGGGGCCCACUAAAUGAAAUAACAAGACUACUUCCUUAUUAACAAACUGCUUACGUAAAAACUAUUUCACUCUAAAGUUAAGGCUGCACCCUCCCUUUACAUGAUCAAACAUUUUCUCUUUGUGCAACAAGAGAGCUAAAAAUAAAAAGACAGUCAGGUUUGUACGGAAUCCUGGAGGUGUCCUGGAGAGAAACAAACAACAAAUUAAUGCGCACAAAUUUUUGAAAAUUAUUGUUUUCAAAUGACCUAAUUUGAGCUUGAAAAUUAAUAAUUUAACUGGAACGUAACAUUAAAUUAUAUACACUUUUAACUCAUAUUUAAUUUAAAGUUGCUCAUUGAUUUUUUUUUUGAGGGGAAUGCAUUAUCAUCUUGAAGUCGAUAUGGAGAACUUAGCAAACAGUGGCUUAUUUACACAUCCAGCAGAGCAACAGUGGCAUUCAUUUUUGUGGUAUUUCUGACCAAUAUUCACUCUCUUUUAGCUCUGUUUUGGUCCCCCGAGAAGCUGCUAAAUACUCUACUAUGUUCACCAGCUUGUUGCCAACUUUACCAGCUUUUUCUUUUCUUUUUUUUCCUGAAAAUGGCGCUGAUGACAGUAUGAGUGAAUCAGUAAUGCAGUUUUGAUUGAUGAUUUUGGAUGGACAUUUUUUUAUUUUUUUUGCCAAUUAAAACAUUGUAGUGUUAUCUUUGACCUCCCCUAAACAUGUGUUAAAGAUUGUUUAAUGUUCUGUUUUGUUAAUUUAUGUGUAAAAAUUAAGUCAUUUGUGAGCACAAAUGAUUAUUGGGAGUGAACACGGGAUAUCUUUGGCCCAAUUUUUUUUUUUUCUAGUGCCCCAAAAUCAUCUAGUCUUCCCCCUGGUAGCUACACGGUAUCACUACACCUACAAAUCUGCAGUGCACUUGUCCCUAUCUGCUCUCAUAAUGGGGUACAUUUAGUUGAAUGCUUUUUUUUUUUAGUUUGUUUUACUCAUGCAGGAUUUACAGUAUAAUGACUGAAAAUGUGACACUGGAUUGAAUCCCUCCUUUUUAAUGAUUUUUAGUGAAAAGAUGCAGAGCUGCUCUCAGAACUGCUCUUUCUGACCAUCAGCAGCUGUGACACGGAACAGACGGCACACCUAAUGGGAUGCUUGACAAGUGUUUGAAGCUGGUGGAUUAUCUCAUGCUCUGAUGAUUUAUCUGAGCAUGAUGCUUUAGUGUCAUGAACAUAUCUUGUUAAGUGUAAAUUGUAACCAUGGAAGUGUUUGUAAAAUUCUACUGUAUUUUAACAUAAUUACCCUUUAUGUGUGACAUAAUUAAAUGACUUAUAUUUACUAU